AUGGGAAACCUUCUAUCUAACGGAAGCAAAGACAGUCUGCAACCACAAGGACGGCUCGAAGAAGAAGGGCAUAGUCGGCUACUGCAAGAACACAAACAGGAGCAAAAUCCACAGCCAGACCUUGUCGAAAAACAGGAGCUGCAAGAGGAGCAGUAUGAAAAUGUUGAAGAUUUAAAGGAGGAACUCAACACAUCAACAAGUGAUUCGUCAGAUGAAAGAAAACACAUAGAGGACACUGGGCUGGCAGAGAAGAAAUCCUGGAUUGAUUUGGGUUACGUAACGCCACGCAAAGAGGUUGAGUGUGAAAGUUUGGCAAUAUUAGAUCCAGAGAAUUACGAUGGCUUUAAAGAUUUGGAUGUCAAUAUGGCUAGGCUUCAUUUUCAACAUGAGCUACCACCUGACUACAGAAUCGUGGAAAGGAUUGGACAUGGAGCCUUUGGCUGCUGCUUCUUAGUUGAGAAGCAAACCGAACUUCUGCCAUGCACUGAUAACCGUCACGUUGUCUUGAAAGUAGUUCACGGUAUGUUCCAACCUAGACGUCCUGUAAUCUUUUAUAAAAGUUGCUCCCUAUACACUAUUAUGAUAAGCUUUAAAGCCGUGCCACUGAUUCUUGAGAAUCUGAAGUUCAUUAUAGGUAUGCUCAAGUAUCUACAUACUAAACAUGAAGAAGUCCAUGGUGACCUUAAUCCUGGCAACAUGAUGUACUUUUGGAAAGACAUGUCAAGGCAAAUGUGGUCAUUGGAUCGCGCAGUGCAAAAGGACUUUUUAGAGACGGUGAAAAGAUAUCCUCAAGCCAUUCAAAUUCAUGCUUUACAUGACUUUUUAGCUCAAUGGUUUGCUAUGGAGGAUGAACAAAUUGCAUGCAUUAUUGAUGCUGACAUAGGUGGAAAGAUUGGAGAAGCUAAGAUUGUUGUGAAUCAUCAACACCAUGACCCACGCAAUGCUACUUGGCAGAUAUCUGAUGAUUUGAUUGGACUUAUGAACUGGAUAGUUAUAAAAACUGGCUACAAAAUGCGCAGCCAUGCUACUCGAGGAAUUGAGUAUGAAAUCUCUCUAGAAGAAAAAACAAAAAAAAAGUCACUAACAACAAAAAAAAAAACAAAGACACAAUUUAUGGGAAAACACAUGAGUCCCCCCCGGUUUUGUAGCCCGGAGAGGGGGGGUGUAAGGAGGGGACCAUUAAAAGGUUUUGGGGGGGGGGGGGGUGAGGAAUUUUUGAGCCGCAGGAAUUUGUUUUUCGUUAUCAAAUUCCUUGUAUGAAUAUAUUUCAGGCCGUAGCAUGAAUAUUUUUCAGGGUUAAUUGGCGUGCAUGAAUUUUUUUCAUUUAAUUUUCCCUUGCGCGAAUAUUUUUUGGUACUUCGCCCUACUUUCUCAUGGUUUUGGGCGGCGCACGUUAACCGGAAGUGAGGCCUUCUCCCUUUUUAUAUGCCUCGACGCAAACAAAUUUGUGUUGCAAAGUUUCUUUUCUCUUAUAAACACGAUUUAUUUAAGAGUCUGAACUAAACCAUAGCCUGUAAAUCUGCAAAUCGCAGAGUAUUUCUGGUCGUCGCUUCUCUCCCUCCGGCGGGUGAAAUUCGAGCCCAAAAAACCGGAUGCUCUCGUUGGCUAACUACUUUUCGACUUUCCUUUCAUGGAAAGGAAGUAAACUGACGUAAUUGUGCAUUUCCCAUGAUUUUAAAGAAAGGACGUACACAAAAAAAUGUAGAACAUUCUAACGGAUGAAGAACGGUGUGCGACAAACGCAGCCUGUAGACUUGCAGACAGGCAGGUAAGCCAGGUAAACCUUGUUGUGAGAUGCUUUGCAUGUAACAGAUUCCCUAACCGCACACCGCGAAUGGAAUGGGAAACCUUCUAUCUAACGGAAGCAAAGACAGUCUGCAACCACAAGGAUCGCUCGAAGAAGAAGGGCAUAGUCGGCUACUGCAAGAACACACACAGGAGCAAAAUCCACAGCCAGACCUUGUCGAAAAACAGGAGCUGUAUUAUGAAGAGGAGCAGUAUGAAGAUGUUGAAAAUUUAAAGGAAGAACUCAACACAUCAACAAGUGAUUCGUCUGAUUCGUCAGAUGAAAGAAAACACAUAGAGGACACUGGGCUGGCAGAGAAGAAAUCCUGGAUUGAUUUGGGUUACGUAACACCACCCAAAGAGGUUGAGUGUGAAAGUUUGGCAAUAUUAGAUGCAGAGAAUUACGAUGGCUUUAAAGAUUUGGAUGUCAAUAUGGCUAGGCUUCAUUUUCAACAUGAGCUACCACCUGACUAUAGAAUCGUGGAAAGGAUUGGACAUGGAGCCUUUGGCUGCUGCUUCUUAGUUGAGAAGCAAACCGAACUUCUGCCACGUCUUGAUAACCGUCACGUUGUCUUGAAAGUAGUUCGCGGUAUGUUCCAACCUAGACGUCCUGUACUCUUUUAUAAAAGUUGCUCACUUUACACUAUUAUGAUAAGCUUUAAAGCUGUGCCACUGAUUCUUGAGAAUCUGAAGUUCAUUAUAGGUAUGCUCAAGUAUCUACAUACUAAACAUGAAGAAGUCCAUGGUGACCUUAAUCCUGGCAACAUGAUGCACUUUUGGAGAGACUUGUCAAGGCAAAUGUGGUCAUGGGAUCGCGCAGUGAAAAAGGACUUUUUAGAGACGGUGAAAAGAUAUCCUCGAGCCAUUCAAAUUCAUGCUUUACAUGACUUUUUAGCUCACUGGUUUGCUAUGGAGGAUGAACGAAUUGACAUAGGUGGAAAGAUUGGAGAAGCUAAGAUUGUUGUGAAUCAUCGACACCAUGACCCACGCAAUGCUACUUGGCAGAUAUCUGAUGAUUUGAUUGGACUUAUGAACUGGAUAGUUAUAAAAACUGGCUACAAAAUGCGCAGCCAUGCUACUCGAGGAAUUGAGUAUGAAAUCUCUCUUGAGUCUUUGAAGGAUCUGCAUUUGCAUAUUAUUGAAUUAUAUAGAGACUUGAGUAAUAAAUAUAUUUUUAGCUAUUUAAGAGCACCAGAGGAACCUUUUUCGUUUAAGCUAACCCCUGGCAAGUGUUAUUUGGAUGAGCUUUUAAAGGGAAAAUUCUUGCAUUUUGAGUCCUUCAAAGGGUCUUAUUCUCUUGCGUCAUCCACAGAUAUAGUUACUUCCUGUGUAAAAUUAGAGUUCCUGGAAGUUAUGCAAGCAGUACCAGUGAAGCUAGAAGACCUUGGUCAUGUGUUCUCUAUGAUUGCAUCUGGCAAGGAAAAAUAUUGCGCCACCUUGAAUACAGCACUUAAUCUCCUUACUAGUCCUAAUCUGCAUGGCGGCGCUAUGUUUGUGAUUGUUGACAAGGAACACAAGAAUGAUCUGCAACUUUUGUCAUUAGACAAUGACUGUCUUCACAAGUUAUGUCAAAUAAAGGCUAACAGAGUACAUAACCCAUUUUUUCCACACCUCCUACAUGCCUUCUGCACACCUAAUACAUCAGAUCGCUGGGAGCAGUCACUCCUUGAGGACCUUGCAGCAAAUUCUGGAGACAGCUCAUUAAAAACGUUACCAGAAUUUGCAGCUUUGAAAAUGCAACCGAAGGAUGGUGCCUUUGUGCUUUCACACAGUGGUACAGUACUAGCUGCUACAGCGCAACUUAAGUUCCUCCCACAGCACUAUCAACUUUGCAAAGCCGAUGGGAAGCGUUUUGGUACCCGUCAUGCUGCUGCAUUAGCCAUUGCUGAGUGGAUGAGACUCAAGCAUGUUGAUGGCCUUGUCUUUGUGAGAUGUGAAGCAGGCGAGGUGCGAAUCAUGUUGCCAAAUGGGCAAACAUUGUCUGAACAGCAAGAAUACCCCUGGGUUACUGAGGAUGGCCAGAAACUCCCUCAGGUACUAUGCAUUGAAGAUAAAAAGAAGAACUAA